GUUGAAUCAGCGCACAUCACAGUUUCACUCACAGAGCAGCUAUAGUGAGAUACCGGCAAGAUGUGGAGGAUAGUGGCGUGUUUACUCAUGAUAUCCAGUCGUGUUUCAUCUCAUAACAAGAUCUUUGGGGAAGAACAAGUCCGAAUGACAUCUGAGGGCUCCGACUGCCGCUGUAAGUGUAUCAUGCGACCUUUGACUCGGGAUGCAUGCGCUCGCUUACGAACAGGAAGUGUGCGUGUGGAGGAUUUUUACACGGUGGAGACGGUGAGUUCCGGAACCGACUGUAAGUGUUCCUGCACUGCUCCACCCUCCUCGCUUAACCCCUGCGAGAACGAAUGGAAGAUGGAGAAACUUAAGAAACAGGCACCAGAACUGCUCAAGCUGCAGUCCAUGGUGGACCUUCUGGAGGGAACCCUCUUUAGUAUGGACUUGCUUAAAGUUCAUUCAUACAUUAACAAGGUGGUUUCACAAAUGAACAGCCUGGAAGAGAUGAUUAAGAUGAAUCUCUCUCGGGAAAAUGACUUUGUGAGAGACAGUGUGGCGACUCUGACCAAUCAGAUUCGCCAGUACGAUAACCAUUCUGACAUCAUGAUGAGUAUAAAGAAGGAACUUUCCAAUCUGGGACUUCAGUUGCUAAAAAAAGACUCCACUCCCUCGGGUCCUAACAGCAAAGCACAGGAAACAAUAAGGACAAAUAUCAAAGAUGCUUCCAAGAUUCCAACAAAGAAACCAGAGAAAGCAAAGCCUUCACCUAAAACAGUGAAGGAGAAGCCAGCGAAACCAAAGAAAGAGACCACUAAACCCAGUAAACCAGAUCAAACUGAACUGCCUGGCAAAACCAAACCAUCACAGAACCAGCCAGGAGUCAUCCGGGGCAUCACAUACUACAAAGUGACCUUAACUGAUGAGUCGGGCAAUCAGAACAGCAGAGGUGAAGAAAAGCCUGAUGAAAUCGACACGUUGCUGGAGGUAGAGGAAAGUACCACACCUGUGGUCACCACAGCAACAGAGACUACCAUGGCAACCAUACCCACAACAACAACAACCACUGCUCCCACAACAACAACAACAACCCAGAGCACAACAACUAGCAGAACAAUAUAUAGAGAGGAGCGACCGGCCCCAACUAUUGCACUAGUGCUGGAUAAUACAAGCAAUAACACAUACAUUGCAGUGAAAGAGCAGAGCUGUGAAGGGACACUGGCUUCGGUAGAUCUGCCGGUCAAACAGCACAGUUAUGGCAGAAACGAGGGGGCGUGGAUGAAGGAUCCCGUCGCCAAGGAUUCCAAGAUUUAUGUCACCAACUAUUACUAUGGCAACAACCUUGUGGAAUUCCGGAACUUGGACAACUUCAAACAGGGUCGCUGGAGUAAUCUGUACAAGCUCCCCUACAAUUGGAUAGGAACAGGUCAUGUUGUGUACAGAGGAGGGUUUUACUAUAACCGUGCCUUCACUAAGAACAUUAUUAAAUAUGAUCUCAAGCAACGAUACGUAGCAGCCUGGUCUCAACUGCAUGAUGUGGUCUAUGAAGACACCACACCUUGGAAAUGGAAAGGCCAUUCUGAUAUUGACUUUGCUGUAGAUGAGAGCGGUCUUUGGGUCAUUUACCCAUCUGUUGACUACGACUACAUUCAGGCUGAGGUCAUUGUAGUCAGUAAACUAGAUGCUAACGACCUGUCGGUCAAAAAAGAGACAACAUGGAGGACGAGACUGAGGCGAAAUACGUUCGGGAACUGCUUCAUAGUAUGUGGUGUCCUAUAUGCAGUGGAUGUUUACAAUAAGAGGGAAGGGGAGGUUUCAUACGCAUACGAUACGCUUACGGGGGCUGAGGCAUCUCCACGGUUACUUUUUAUUAAUGAAUAUGGGUUAACAACACAAGUUGAUUACAACCCUAAGGAGAAGGUUCUGUAUGCUUGGGACAAUGGGCACCAACUCACCUACAACAUCAAUUUCAUAGAGCAAGAAGAGAAAUUUACUUACUAAGAUGACAUUUCUUGAGGUUAUAUAAAGACAAAGGCAUUACAUAAAACUCAGUAGUUGAGUGCAGCUCUAAAGUUCUAGAAUUCACUGCCAGUUCUAGAACUCAAACAAAUGGAAUGCCCCUUUCACACAUUUUGAGUCAACAUUCUGCAAUGCAUUGAAGUCAGGCUACAGCAUUACCCCUGGUGCCUUGUUAAGGUCAACUGUUGUAAUGUGACACUCAAAGUUUAAACGAUUUUAACUUUGCCCAUGUUUGUCACUGAACUUUCAAAGCACAGCCAAAACACAAAAAGUUCAAACUGUUUACAUUUUGACCCAAUUUGCAGCUAUCCAUUUCGAAAUGCAUCCAAGGAUUACCAGACAAUUCGCAUGACAUAUUGUCACAAUGUCAAAGGUAUAGCUUUUCAAACGUUGAGUUACUUGUUGAGUAGUGUGAUAAAUCCUUGAUGCGUUUUGUUUGAAAGGGCAUAAAAGACCCCAUGCCAUUACUUACGGGCCAACAUAGUCUUGUAAUAAUUCGUACAAGAUGGCGAAAUUGUAAGAUAUUGUAUGAAUUGACUUCAGUAACGCCACUCCCUAUUAGCAGACUAAGCAGUCUGUGUAGGGCACCAACUCCCUAGGAGGGCACCAUCUUACCCUUGGAGGGCACUAGAAAGUCCACUGGCUGGCUGGCUGGCUGGCUGGCUGGCUGGCUGGCUGCCCCCGCCCAUCCCGGUCAGCCGCUUCACGCUCAUAUGAUGUGAACCACCCCCUGUCCACCUGGAACUCUCCAUAGGGCAUAUACCCCCAACAAAAUUUCAAAUCAAUAUACAUAAAUAUAUACUAUAAAUAUAUAUAUAUAUAUUAGCUAGCCUUCUAUCCAACAUUUUUAAGAUGGGAAAUAUCAGUGGACAGGUUUGGUUUCUCAUUCCAUAUUUAUUUAUGCAGAACAAAUGACUGAGGGGUCUUUAUAACCUGUAACACGCUUCCUUCGUAUCGUUCCAAACCCUAAUGUUUUCUUUCUUUACGGAAACUGCAUCCUUGCCAUGAGUUGCCCAAGCAGUUUAAGAGUUUUUUGACUGCUUCCUCUGAUGCAUCUGCUCCCCUCUAGUAUCUCUGGAAAUAAUAAAUGUUUGUUGUAAUCACUUACAAAGCCACAGCAAUAAAGUAACACAAGUAUGCUUCAUGUACCUGAUAUAAACAUAACAAGCAUUCAAGACACACCUGCAGAAAUAUUGUCUGCUUUCGUCUCAAAAAUGUUCCAGAACAUUGUUUCCUUGCGUUUUAGCCAAUAAAGCCUCAGUGGACUGGUAAAGCAUGACAUCACAAAGGAGAAAGAAUGUUUUUUCUGCUAAUGAGAGGGCAUGAUUAUGUUUGGGAUGUCUCUGUAAUGUCUGGGCAGGGUUAUGUAUAGAAUGUUUAUAACAAACAGUAAGGGUCAUGCAAGAAAAACCUCUGUAAUGCAUGGGUAGAGGUAAGUACGUAAUGUAUAAACAGUUCAACUGUGUUUAGAAUAUUGUUGUUAUUGUUAUAAAAUAGUUUUUUGUCUGUGUGCUCAAUGUAAAUAGUGGGAUAUUUGUAUUUUGUUUUGAGUAUUGGGUUUUAAAAAUACAAUGUUCCCAAGAGGAAGAGAUUUUUCGUACUCUGUUAAUGCAUCAUGUCUGAUUUUAAUAAACUUUAAUUUGAUU